AUGGAUGAUGGUAUUGAGCGUGCUGACGGCGAGAAAUGGGUACGAAAUGGGAAUUUUCUUGUUACGUGUGCCUUGGGAGAGAUUAAGGUGCUGAACUGUCUCACCGACACAGGUACCGUUCUCGAGCUUGGAACCGCCUCACAUGUGGAGAAUGGUGUCGAGUAUUCUUGCAUGGACGAUGAACCAAUGUUUGAAGGUUGUGUCGAUGAGUACGGUGACUGGAUAAAGACUGGACAUUUCGUUCUCGGUAAAGGACUGCUGAAAUACUGUCAUAUCCAAAAAGGUGGCAUGCGGGCGAGAAUCGAACCUAAAGGUUGCUUUAACGGGUCUCGAACGGAUGACGUUGAAGACAACGCCUUUCAUGUAAAAAAAUAUGCUGUAUGGCGACAAGGAGCAUACGAGAUGAGAUGUGGUGACGAAGGAAUCCAUGUGUACAAAUGUUAUGUGCAAGGAAAACCAGUCUACGUCGGACAGGCCUGGAUUGAUGCCGAAGGCACCAGUUUUCUCAACAUCGUGAUAACCAUACCUGGAGUUGUGUUCUCGUUUAAAUGUCUCAUUCAAAAUAGGGAUGAAACCUUUCCAACAUUGAGUCUCUUAGUGGGAUUCUGGUUAUUUUUGGCACUCGCUCUACUCAACAAAUAUGUUUUUGAAGUGGAAGAAAGCUACUUGACCGUUCGCCUUGUAAUUCUUGGUGCACUGGGUGCAAGAGCGUACCAGAACGUGUUCAGCGAAAAUUUACGAAUGGCAAGUACUGUAUCCAGAUCGAAAGUAAGAAGCGAGGUCAGUUGA